AUGUUUGAUCGACGCUGUACAUGUGUCGGCCGCGAGGGCCGAGGUGGCGGCACCGGGCUGGUGUCCCAACAGUCAACAUCGCUAGCGGGAGGUGCUAGCCAGCCUGAGAGAAACAAAGCGGGCACAGAGGAGAGAGAUGAUGACGCGUCUGAAGGCAGAUCAGUGUCCCUCCCUUUACUGUCGCGCGUAGAGGAAGCCGAGACGGUCUAUCUCGUCGCCCCCUCGGCCGAGGAAGCCGACAAUGGCCCAACCGGUGGGGGCCGUGAACUGGCGACACUCGCUGGUCGUGGUGCCGGCGCGCAGGGUACGGCCGGCGCUGGUGCGGGCCUCGAUGGAGAAGAUGCGCGUGCGGUCGUUGCGCUUGCCCUGGCACAGCGUGGUGGCGGUCCAGCGCUCGUUGGCCGCGAGGACGAGCUCGGAGGUUGUACCGCCGGUGCCGCCCGCGCGAGAACCGUGCCGUCGGCGAGGGUCACGCUGACGGCGUCGAGACGGGCACCACCGCGGAAGGCGAGGCGGGUGGCACGCGGUGUCGAGGGCCGGGCGGCGAGCACGGCGGCGCCGGAUGACCAGUCGCCGUGCGUGCCGUCAGGUCACCGGCCGCCGUGCCGGCGUCGGUGUGGAAGUUGUACACGUCGACUAAGGCGGCGCCCUGCGCGGCGUCGUCGCUCACGGCGAGCCGCGUCAGCGUGA